CCCUGUUGACCUUUCUCCACAAGCGCAGGCGAGUCAGGAAUCCCAAUCAGCUCCUCGCUGCAACACAAACGCCAUCUUUAACAGGCUGACAAACUACUGAAGCAGAGUUAAGGAACGAAUCUGGGUCAGGCAGUCGGAGACGAAAACCCCGUCUGGAAAUCGCUACUCUUCGCCAAAUUCUGGCCGAUAUUUACCUAUCUCUAGUCAAAUCGCGCCGUUUUAUGGUCCAAUGUGUUUGAGCGGUCGGGCAGCCCGAACGCAGUUUUGUUGUGUCGGUCCCGGUUGACGUUGACUGGUAGCUUUUGCUCACAAACAGCUGACUGAGGUGAAAAAACAGGAUGAAACGAGUUCUCCAAGGGACUCAGCAGGAGGAUGGGGGUGGUACCAGCGGUGUGACUCUCAAACGGUCACGCAAACAGAAGAUGGACACAGAUCUUGAAGACAAGGUGGUCCAUUGGGAAGGUCUUCCACAGGAGAUACUUCUCCACAUCUUCCAGUACCUGCCUCUGUUGGAUAGAGCUUAUGCUUCCCAGGUGUGUCGGGGCUGGAACCUCGCAUUUCAUAUGCCCGAACUGUGGCGAUGCUUUGAGUUUGAGUUGAACCAGCCAGCCAGCUCGUACCUGAAGGCCACACACCCUGACCUCAUUAAACAAAUCAUCAAAAGGCACGCCGACCACCUCCAGUAUGUCAGCUUCAAGGUGGACAGCAGCAGAGAGUCCGCAGAAGCAGCAUGUGACAUCCUCUCUCAGCUUGUGAAUUGUUCUCUUAAAACUUUGGGCCUCAUCUCCACAGCUCGGCCCAGCUUCAUGGAGCUGCCAAAGUCUCACUUCAUCUCAGCGCUGACGGUGGUUUUUGUGAACUCUAAAUCGUUGUCCUCCCUGAAGAUUGAUGACACGCCUGUAGACGAUCCCUCCCUCAAAGUCCUCGUGGCCAAUAACAGUGACACGCUCAAACUGCUGAAAAUGAGCAGUUGUCCCCACGUGUCACCUGCAGGCAUCCUUUGUGUGGCUGAUCAGUGCCAUGGCCUGAGAGAAUUGGCUCUCAACUAUCAUUUGCUGAGUGAUGAACUCCUCAUAGCCCUGUCCUCUGAGAAGCAUGUUCACCUGGAGCACCUGCGCAUUGACGUGGUGAGUGAGAAUCCAGGCCAGCAGUUCCACACCAUCAAGAAGAGCAGCUGGGAUGCCAUGGUGCGCCACUCCCCUAAAUUUAAUUUGGUUAUGUACUUCUUCCUCUACGAGGAUGAGUUCAGCCCCUUCUUCCGUGAUGAGAUCCCAGUCACACAUCUGUAUUUUGGCCGGUCAGUCAGCAAAGACGUGCUGGGCCGUGUCGGGCUCACGUGCCCUCGCCUGGUUGAGUUGGUGGUUUGUGCUAAUGGGCUACGGCCGCUAGAUGAAGAGCUGAUCCGCAUAGCCCAGCGCUGCACUCAGCUGUCAGCCAUCGGCUUGGGAGAGUGUGAAGUGUCAUGUAGCGCCUUUGUGGAGUUUGUCAAGAUGUGUGGAGACAGACUGACGCAAUUGUCAAUCAUGGAAGAGGUGCUGGUUCCAGAUCACCGCUAUGGGCUUGAUGAUAUCCACUGGGAGGUGUCCAAGCAUUUGGGCCGCGUCUGGUUCCCUGACAUGAUGCCUACCUGGUGAAGCUGUGCAGGAGUUGUAAUUGCAUGUACAUUUGUGUGAGUGUAAGCACCCAACACCUUUCUCUGACUGAAAAAGAGAAAACAAUCCCAACAAUCAAAUUAAAUGUAAUACAUUAAAAGAUCUGGAAAAAAUGCCCUCCAUUUAAAUUUGGAUCAAGUUACGCAAAGAUGUACAAUUGUUUUCAAGUCUGCCACGCUGUUCUUUGUAUAUACAGUAUAUAUAUAUUUAUAUUUAUAUUUAUGUAUCUUUUUCUUGUUUUGACAAUGCACUUUUUUUUUUUCCUCUGAGCAAUUUACAGAUUUGUCCGCACUUUCCAUCAGAAUCAACAAAAAGUAACUGAGAAUGAAGGGGACAAUGUGGCAGUUGUAUCAUGUACAUCAUGUAUUUAUUGUGUAAUACACCAUAACCCUCUGAUAUGGAGAAUCCUUUAGUUUGGAUUCACAAACAAUUAUGAUAAGCCAACCUUAGUCUUCAUUAAAGGGAUAGUUUGGAUUUUUUGACAUGAAGUUGUAUGACAUCCCCAUCAGCAGUGUAGUGCAUCAACGAUGACUUUACCCCCACUUCAUCCUGUGAGGUGAGUUGUGGUCGGAUUUCGGUGAUGAGGAACAUAUUUCCUUUUAGUUGGUGGGGCCACUUAAGUGAAGAGUUUGGCUUCUCAAAACAAUAUGCGUACAAAAAAAGUAAUACAUUUGCAUAACAAAAAUGCCUCCUCGAAAAAAAUCAGGCCUCAAUCGCUGUUUGUUACUUUGUCUCCCGUUGUAUCACUGUGUGCUAUGAGUUCCACAGUGUUUAUAUGUGCGGAUGAAGACGUUACGACUGCACCACUGUCCGGUGGACUUUUCCCUGCUGGAUGAAACGGCCACGAGGAGCAUUCGCCAUUUGCUGAAUCGUGCCACAUCACUGAGUGAAGAAUAAAAUUGACUCAGCUGUACCCUGUUGAUUUGAUUUGCCACACUCUUAAGUGGCCCCACCAACUAACCGUACCUACGUUCCUCAUCACUGAAAUCCGACCAGAACUCUGCUCACGGGAUGAAGUGGGGGGGGGGACGACUCACCGUUGAUGCACUACUGUACACUGCUGAUGUGGAUAUCAUACCGCUUCAUGUCAAAAAAUCCAAACUAUCCUUUUAAUCUGAAUGUACUAGUGUAAAAGAUUGCUUCUGAUCACUUUUAAUGGCUAUCUGCUGAGCACAUGUAGAGCUUUGCAGUGAAUAACCCUUAUAAAUUGGUAUGUUUGUCAAUGUGGUAAAGGUUUCUGAGAAUGUUUCCGUGUGAACCAGGGCCAGAUUGGGUGGUUGAAUAGGCGAGGAGUCCACAUCCUGUAUAAUACGUCGGAUGGCAGUGCUUAAAAUGCAGUGAAACGCUUACACUAUGGACUCAUUGUUAUUUGAGGUUUAUACUACACACACACACACACACACACACACACACACACACACACACACACACACACACACGGAGGAAUCUUAUUGGUGCACUUUUAAUUCAUUGAAAGAUCACCUUAUUGCUUCAUUUUUCAUGAAGUCUCAAGUAUAUCUGUUUAAGCUAAGCUCCAAUCUUAUGAAAUUUAAAGUUUGAUAACGUACAUCAUAGGCUGUUUGUUAAUGCAUCUGCGAUUAAUUGCUAUACAGUAUAUGUAUACUCAGUUGUAAUUACUUAUGUACAGGCCUUCUUACAAUACUGUACCACAUACAUUGCGUCAUCUUCUCAAACAGGUAAUGUUCAGAAGCUCUGAGCUGGCCUGCUUAAGACCAUGGUUGUUGGGGUUUUUUUGCUCAGUAUCCAGGAAUAAUGCACUCCAGUGUUUGAAUGUGGAAUUGGCAAUUUAAAAGUGGAGAUGAGAUGAUCUCAAAUCAGGCAACCUUAAAGACAUCGUAGCUUGGCUGAAUACUGAAGUGUGACAUCAAUGGUUUGACUUUUUCCAUUGCAAUCAAGUGUACACGAUAACUGGAUUAGGUCUUAACAUGUCUGUUGCCUGUGGACUCACUGAAUGACAUAGACCUUGUACUGUUGAAUAAAGAAUCCCUUUAAAUCAUUAUGUUGAAAGCCAUCCAUUACCUAUACUGCUUAUCCUGGGUUGACCAUAUUUGCUGCUGCUGUUCAGAUUCUACAUGGGGACAGGGGCCCAUCAUGUUUUAUAAUCUCGCUUUUGAAGUUCAGGCGAGCCUGGCAAACAACUCUUCUUUUCUGAAAUGUAAUGUAUUUCUAAAAUCAUACCAUAUAUUGGUGAACAUGAACUACGUUUGUUAUCUCUGCUAAUGGAUUAUUGCAAAGUUAAGGACUUUCAUAAUAUGUGCAUUGUUUUUACUUUAGCUUAAAAAUUGAAUUAUGUUGAAGUUUUAUUGGAAGGUAACCUUUUGUACUUUUCUCAAAUGUAUGUAUAACACUGAAUGAGUGAGGUUCUUGCAACUUUAAUGAUACGCUCUUCUGUGUUUUUGGUAUGGAAACAUUAAAUGGGAAAUGAAAUGAAAACAACACUGCAUUGAACUGGGAAUUUGGGUGUUAGUAAUAGUGACUAGAACUCCCUGCUUUUGUUUUAAGAUGCCCUUCAGAAAAUUACAAUUGAUCAAUUAAAGACUUUAAAUGCAUGAUAACCUAUACAAAAGCUGUUCUUUCCUUCAGCUUGUGUUUCUGAACAUUGAGUCCAUAAACAAUCUGUCGUGAUUCCUAUUGCUCCAUGAUCUCAAAUAAACUGCGUUGAGAUAGUUUACCAA